CUCCAUGAAUUUAAAUCACAAAUACUACUUAUUCACUUAGGCCCAUCAAGAUGGACGAUUUGUUUUGCUAGGGAAUCGGAAGCAACCGAUGUUGUUGUCAUUUGUCUCGGAAGACAAAAGAACUUUUCACUCCUGAUGAUGUUUGAAUACAAUGCCAAUGAAUACAAAACAGUCAAGAUUUUAUUACGCUGUCAUUUGAUUGUUUUGGUAUAACUUCUGAAAAUAUUCAUUGACAAAUAUUCUGCCGAGCUGAGCAACGUUGGUAACGUUUCCCCCAGUAUAAGGCGCCCCAGUAUACGGUCCAGCCCCAGUAUAGGGAUUGUCAAUCAAGAUUAUGUUCUUAAGUGCCGCCAAAGCCGUUUCGGUUCGUUAUCGUCGCGAUGAUAGAUGAAAGUUAUUUCAAGUCACAGCGGCUUCUCGGCCAGUAGACAUUCAGCCAUACACUUUCAGCAAGCGGCCAUGUUGUAACAGCCGUACAUGAAAGACAUUCGCGUAGCUCACCUUUAAAAGAUUAUACUGGGGAUUUUUAUGAACUAGAAGUUAGAAGAAAGAGGGUUUCGCUAUGUUCUCAAGGUUGCAAAUCAACCUUUUGAUUAUAUGCAGCAUUCUGAAAAUCAAGUCCACAUGUCACAUUGCGUUAUUUGCUUGUUCAAAAAUUAUCUUCCCCAAGAACUACACCUCGGUUGUGGGAGACACGCGCGGGGCCUUCACCCCCGGGUCAGACAUAGAGGAUUCUCAGAGUAGCGCGGACCUCUGUACACUUUUGCAUAAAUUUUGCCUCUUGUAUGACCGAUUAUACCUUUAAAACUCAUACAAAAUAUAAGUUUAGCUGUUUAAGUUUCGUUUUAUUUUGUUCGUACCAAGUUUUGGUGCGGCUAUCGAGCCGAGUAACGUGGGAGCCUUUAGCAAGAAUAUAGGGCUCGCUCGUUCAGCUGACAACUACGGGGGUCAAAUUGUUUCUAGGAUACAGUUUUGAAAAAAUCUUGACUGAAACUGUUUCGCCGGCCAAUUGAAAUCGGUGCACUUGCGUUUAAAUUUUAUUUGUUUUAUUGUUUUGUGGGGUUCCUGGUGUUUAAUGUUGCUUGCCUUGUUUAUAUGACGAGCAUUGACUGGGGAUUUUUAUGAACUAGAAGUUAGAAGAAAGAGGGUUUCGCUAUGUUCUCAAGGUUGCAAAUCAACCUUUUGAUUAUAUGCAGCAUUCUGAAAAUCAAGUCCACAUGUCACAUUGCGUUAUUUGCUUGUUCAAAAAUUAUCUUCCCCAAGAACUACACCUCGGUUGUGGGAGACACGCGCGGGGCCUUCACCCCCGGGUCAGACAUAGAGGAUUCUCAGAGUAGCGCGGACCUCUGUACACUUUUGCAUAAAUUUUGCCUCUUGUAUGACCGAUUAUACCUUUAAAACUCAUACAAAAUAUAAGUUUAGCUGUUUAAGUUUCGUUUUAUUUUGUUCGUACCAAGUUUUGGUGCGGCUAUCGAGCCGAGUAACGUGGGAGCCUUUAGCAAGAAUAUAGGGCUCGCUCGUUCAGCUGACAACUACGGGGGUCAAAUUGUUUCUAGGAUACAGUUUUGAAAAAAUCUUGACUGAAACUGUUUCGCCGGCCAAUUGAAAUCGGUGCACUUGCGUUUAAAUUUUAUUUGUUUUAUUGUUUUGUGGGGUUCCUGGUGUUUAAUGUUGCUUGCCUUGUUUAUAUGACGAGCAUUGACUGGGGAUUUUUAUGAACUAGAAGUUAGAAGAAAGAGGGUUUCGCUAUGUUCUCAAGGUUGCAAAUCAACCUUUUGAUUAUAUGCAGCAUUCUGAAAAUCAAAUCCACAUGUCACAUUGCGUUUUUUGCUUGUUCAAAAAUUAUCUUCCCCAAGAACUACACCUCGGUUGUGGGAGACACGCGCGGGGCCUUCACCCCCGGGUCAGAUAUAGAAGAUUCUCAGAGUAGCGCGGACCUCUGUACACUUUUGCAUAAAUUUUGCCUCUUGUAUGACCGAUUAUACCUUUAAAACUCAUACAAAAUAUAAGUUUAGCUGUUUAAGUUUCGUUUUAUUUUGUUCGUACCAAGUUUUGGUGCGACUAUCGAGCCGAGUAACGUGGGAGCCUUUAGCAAGAAUAUAGGGCUCGCUCGUUCAGCUGACAACUACGGGGGUCAAAUUGUUUCUAGGAUACAGUUUUGAAAAAAUUCAUUAUUGUAGGAGUUGUUUUAUCGGAGUACGGGAGUGCUACAAUUUGAUUCGUGUCGGUGUAAUGAGGAUAGACUACAGCAAUAUCUUCCUGUUUGUUGGUUGGACUUCCGACACCGGGAUGUGACAUGAAUUUGUGAAAUUAUAUGAUUUUCCAUGAAUCUUUUGUACGCGCAAUCUUUUUUGUAUGUGUUGUCGUUUCUAGUCCUUUAGCUAAUGAGAUUUCCAGCGAGAUUUCCCUUGAUCUGUUUAGAAAUUGUGAUCUCGCUUUUGCUUUGAAAUUGAUUCUAAACUUUGAAAAAUCCUUUGAAAAUUUUUUCACAGUUUCAGUAUAUAUCAACUUAGUUUUAGUUCUUGUUGUGUGCAGUAAAAGCAAAGAAUUAGUUAAUCAACUUGUGGUUAAUGCUCGUUAAUGAAAUAUUAACGCGCAUCUAGUGUGUCUCAUUUUUGAAUGUUUAAUCUAAAUAUUACCAAGAAAGGAUUUUCACUAACUUUGUUGAUAUGAAAUUUGUUUAAAUUUACAAAGUUUCUGCUACAAUGAAAAUAUUUGACGCUUUCACGUUGAAAAGAUUCUUUCUUCGUCUUAUUACUUUUAUCUUUCGUUACUAUUUUUUCUUCAUCUUCAUCGUUACUAUCUUUUACAGCAUUGUACUUUCAUUUAUCAGAAAAAGCAUGGCGCACUUUAUAGGACUACAGAUUAUUUACAGUUCUAUACGAAAAUAAGCUUUAUUUUAAGGGACAAACUUUGAAUCAAAUCAUUCAAUUUCUUAGUGUUAUUAACUGGCUUUAUUGAUCCUCAGACUGCAUCGCAUAUUUUAGGUUCAGUAUCCAGUAUGAUCUGAUCAACUUGAUAAAAUCUGGUAACAAUACCCCAAUAUUUGGGUUUACCAAAAUAAAGUCAUCUUAAAAAGUGGUACGUCUUUUAAAACUGGAUGUGGAUACAAUCCCUUGCGUAAAAACGUUCUUUUAGCCCAAUAAAGGUAGAAUCGAGAGUUUCAACUUGCCACUUGACAUACUGCAUAAUUUCAGUAUUUGCACGGGGUUGCCAAUUUACGGAAAUACCUGGUAGGGAGAGGAAACGACCAAAAUAUAUCCAGACCAGAAGCCAAAACCAAUCACGACAUUGGCCAGGUGGUUAUUGGACUUGGCCUUGUGUCCGAAAUUUUCUCGAAAAUGAUUGGUUAGUUAAGCUUGGAUGUAUUUCCCAUUCUUGCACGUGUUCCAGGUAUAUAAGGUCCGAUUACGGUAUGCAGAUUAGUUUAGUGUACUACAAUGCGCGGUAUUGUAGUGAAGAAGAGGGUUCGUCCCUACAUUAAGCGUGAACGGCAUAACGGUGCUGGAAUCAUAGAUUUCGUCGGGUGCGCUGCACAUGAAUGGCGAUGGAGAGGGGAAGAUCUGAAAGGAGAAGGCUGGAGACCACCGGCAAAUAGAUGGCGGGAAGGCGCUUCGGGUAAACAAAAUAUGGCGUUAGAGCCUGCCAAUGGAUUUUCCGAGGAAACAGUCUGUAUCUUUUCCGACUCCCAACUAAGACCAGUUGUGGAUGGGACCGUUGACUGUCCAGAUGACUGGUACGUCAAUUCUACACCUGGAGGCCAGUUCAGACAUGUUGCAACCGAACUAGCCAGUGUCGGUGAAGCAUUAAAAAAGAAAUGCUCUCCAAAAUGCGUUACGUUGGUGGUCGGUACCAACGAUUUGGCUAAACACAUGGUUUUGGAUAGAGCCAAGGAUGAUUUCUGUUAUUUGCUUGCGACAGUCAAAAAGUUUUUCCCGACUGCACAGAUUCUUGUAGUGUCGAUCCUGCCGCGGCUCGAUGAGGCAGACGUCCGACUCGGCCAUUACAAUCGUAUGAUGGCAAGAGAGGCGUCUGCUUCAAAUGUUGCAUUCUAUGAUGCGGAGGAGCAUUUUGAUCGCUGGGACCUUUCACUUUGGUCGAACAAAGACAGCGUCCAUUUAAGUGCUAACUUUGGUUUGCCACGACUCGUCUCGUUAAUCGUGGAUCAACUUGCGAAAAUCGAAGCCGAGGUUGAAGAAACAGAAAAGACGAGAAGGCCAAGGGUAUGCCCUGCAUUCAUUUGGAGGGAGCUGAAGAACCAUAACCCUCUCGGCAAACAAUCGGUCAAAGCUGAAAAGGAAGCCAUGCCUUUGAAGGUAACACACAUUGGUGAAAGAAAAAGAACCAGCUAUGUGAAAAGACGAUGGAGUAGCAGAGAAGUCGUUAAGCAGCCGCAGCCGUUGCAAAUUGACAGUAGAAGGGGAAUAAUCGUGGGAGCGGUCCAGAUACCCUGGAAAUGGCUGCAAAACAAAAACGGCACUAUAAAAAAAACAAGUGCCAAAAUUGGUAAACAGCCAACGAAGAAGAAGAAGAAAAGAGGAAAAAACGCUUCUACAGACCACAGAAUAGAGAUCGUCGAUUGGGCAAGCUUGCUAAUUGAAGCAGCAGAACAAAAAGAUCCUGUCGCAGUGAGUCUAAAUGGCGGUGGACCCAAGAAACAGGACCGAACUGCAGUCUGUAAGACAAUUGACCUGGAGAAGCAGCCCGAGAGAAUGGAAGAUCCUGCCCUCAAAAUGUCUGCAGAAGGAGAGGUCUCGCCAAUAGUUGCUAGCCGAGCUACAGUCCGUGAGACAAUUGACCUGGAGAAGCAGCCCGAGAGAAUGGAAGAUCCUGCCCGUAGAAUUGCUGCAGAAGGAGAGGUCCCGCCAGUAGUUGCUAGCAUUAUACGUAAGUGUGUCCCUUUAUUAACAAACGUAUCCGUAGACAAACACUUUAGGACCAUACCGCCUCAAAAACAUAUCAACAGUAUGGUCGUAAAAUUAAAGCAGCUUUAUGACACAACAAGGCAGGAGCAUGCGGUUAUGUAUGGUAAUGUGUACCAUGACUUAAAUUCCCUUGAAGUCUGCAGAAAUUUCAUAAAGCAAAAAGCAAUUAAGUAUGAGAUAGAGAUCGAAAAUCGAUGGCUUAGAAAGGUUUUGGGCUUUUUUGAGCACCCCCCAGGUACAAAAAGGCCUGAUAUAGAUACUGCCCGCGAUUUGAUUACAAAAGUACAGGAAAGGCCCGACAAUCAUGAGUAUCCCUCCUUGCAGUUAUCUGUUCAUGAUUUAAAAACUCUAGUUGGGAAAAGAUGGAUUAAUGAUUGUAUAAUAGAUUCUAUAGCAAAUCUUAUAAACCAUGAUAUCAAAGACACAUUUGCUGUUUACUAUAACUUUGAAUCCAGUAUAGACGGCUUAGCGAACAAAAUAACGCAGAAAUUUAAGGACAAUUUGCCUAGAAAAAUAAUUCUGGCGGUUUGUGUAGGUUUUGAUAGUCAGCAAACUUUUGUCGGACAGUCUAGCGACGGUUCUCAAUUUGGGAAUCAUUUUGCACUUGGUGUGUAUUAUACAACAAUUAACACACUUUACUACGGAGAUUCACUUGGCUGGCCUAUUCCUAACGACUUUCUAGCAGUAUUUAAAAGCUUGAUUCGUCGAUUAAAGAAAGAUCACCCUUCUCCUGUCAAGAUAUCAACAUGCCAUUAUAAUGGUCCUUCUACUUACACCAUACAAAAAUCUUUGUACACACAUCACUGUUCAAGUAAGUGUUGGUCAUUUUACCCCUUCCAGUUUGAUUCCCAUAUUUGUGGUGUAGCCUGUAUCAUCGUUAUGUGUUUAGCAGCAUAUGACGAAGCAUCAUUUUUAUCUUUGCGUGGAACAACAGACAUACGGAACGUUGGUUACCGCUAUUUGAAAGAACUGUCAUUAUAUAAUGAUUUUUUGCGAAUAACAGUGAGUAAAUGGCUCUUAGAUAGGAAAAUAGAUAUAAAUGUACUUAAAAGCUCAUUAAGUCUAACAACUGAUUUGUCACCACCGUCAAAAAGUUUCGCUUCCCAAAAGGUGGACAAUAACAGUUUCAAUACCCCAAGUUCUAACAUUGAAGAUGAGCAUCCGACUAAAAGAGCCGAUUCAGGCGUGAAUUUUGGUAAACAUUUAGAUAGAAAAGACUUUCAUGUUGACUUAGUAGAAGUAAGCGAAAAUAAGAAUGUUGCGAACGAGGUUCCGAAAAUUCUUGGUACUCCUAUAAAGCAGUCGAAAGGCACAGCGGAACCAGUGAUUAAUAAAGGUACCCACCCAUCAAUAUUUGACAAGGAAGUAAACUUAUUUCCUAAAAAUUUCAUUCUGUCAAACAUCAAAUCUCAUGAUGCAUGCUGCAAUUGUAAUCAAACGGGUAAACAUUUCCACUGUUCAUUGUGCUCGCAAUCUCUCACUUUCUCCGUUAUCUCUAAAGCAUUCCGUCACAUCCAGCAAACCCACUUAGAUGAAAAUAAAAUGGCUGUUUGGAGAAAUUUUCGUAUUUUGCCGUGUAAAUUAAUCCAUCUUGAAAAGAAAUUUUCCAGAAACGAUACAUACCACUAUCAUUGUCCGGAAUGCCUAAAAAUUAUUCAACAAAAACGGUUUUUCACGGUACACUUAGGGGGUCAUGAUGAACAGACCGACAAAAACACGAAAUUCAUACCCGCACGCACAUUAAAAAAGGAAGUUCUAACGCAGGGGAAUUUCGGGGAAAUUGACACGACAAAGAACAAAAUCAAUCCUAUUCGAGCGGUACGUGACAAGGCCGAACGAAUCAAUUGCGACAUUUGUGGCAAAUCAAUGCAUCAAAAAAGCAUUAGUCGGCACAAAAAGGCAAUACACGGGCUGUUAAGCAAAGCUACAGCAGUAUGCUGUGAUCCCGUAGAAGGGCUUUAUAUGGUCAAAAAAUCUAAAAAAGGAGGAAUAGGUUUUCCACUGCAUGUUCAAAAGGUACUUCAUGUCAAUCAAGAUAAAAAACUAGACUGUGAAAGUGAGCUAUGCAGGGAGGAAAUGGUAAUAGCCGCUAGGUCAGGGAUGACAGCAAGAGAAUGCUACCAUUUAAUGCAAGUUAAUAAUGCAUCGUUUCCUGAAACUUUUACGUUGCAAGAAGAAAAACUUUUAGAAAUGUCUAGUGUUGAAAGAUUCAAAAUUUUAACCGAUGAAACUAUUGAAAAAUGUCUCGAAAAAAAAUGGCAAUCAGAGGUUCAGACAUCACCUACUAUUGUUGAGUGGGAUGACAACAACUAUUUGCAUUUAUCUGUCUUUGACGGGAACUAUAGCAACUUUCCUGUUAGAUCACGUUAUGUAGUCUCGUAUAAUAAAGUAAGUGGAAAGCUGGACUGUAGAUGUAAUGUAAAUAGGUUUUUUUGUUUGCACAAAGCAAUGUCUCUUUGGUAUUUACACCAGACAGAAAAAUUAAAUGACAAUAAAACAAAUCAAUAUGAUUACCAGGAGCCUUCAAAUCUUGAUUAUGUAUCUGAUGAAGAAACAAUAUUGAAACCAACAAGUGAUAAAACGAUUUUAUAUCCACCCGAAACUGAGGAAUCUCUUCUAAAAAUGAUUGAUUACAUGAGAAGUCAAAAACGUAUCCCUUUCACAGCCCCUCGUGCUUCAAAACCGUUAAAAAGGGAAAACAUUCCAACGGUGCUGAUGCCGGUCGAAAUUGAUUGUCAUGAAUGUCACGCCAAACUUACCGGUCCGUUUAGGAUAACUUUUCGUGCUCGAAUACUGACGCUGGAUGGUUACAUUGAGGGUGUAGAAACAUUUUUCAAAAAGUGCAAUGUUUGUUGUAAUUUUUAUAGAUACCAAGAGUACUCAGAUGGGUUGCACAAUUUUAAUGAUAUUUUGAUUGUAGGGUUAGACAUAUGUUUGUAUCUGCGCGAAUCGCUAAAAAAUCAUGUAGCAGUAGGGACAGCGUCUAAAAUAAUUGCAGGAAUACACAGUACAAAUAUUGAUAAUCAGUCACUCUUGAAUGCGUAUAUACAUUUUGAAGCAUUAAGUGAUAGAAGCUACGAGUUUACUUGUGUUGAAUGUGGCUAUUUUCCCGUUAUAUUGAUAGCUGAUGUUAAUAGGAAGGUAGCUUUCAAAAAUCGUUUUACUGAUGAACAGCAAUUGAACGAAGAAAACUUAAACGAAGAAGUUGACUGUAUUUAUUUCUGGGAAAAUGUAGAAAAACAUCAUUUAAGCAAAGGUUUUGGAUCAAGAGAAUGUCCCAGUUUGCGACUAAAACCUAGCUUAUCGUUUUGGGCGCCGUAUAUUGGCCCUAAAACAAGAAAAAAUAAUUUUCUAUUCAACACAGAGUAUAGAAAAUUAAGUACCAACACGAAGGAACCAGAAUGUGAAUGCCGUGAAUUGACAGAGGAAAGGCUGCUCAACACUGUAAUGGAGGGGAACUUAAAAGAUGUAAAAGAUACCGCUGAAAUGAUUGGUAUAAGCACUAAAGGCUCAAAACUAGACAUAGUCAAUCGUAUUAAAAGAAGCAUACAGGGUGAAAGUGGACAGUUUAACAAAAUAUUCAAAAAAAUGUUCGGUUGUUCGGGUGGAUGGCUAACGCUUUCGUGUAAACAUGGAAUAAUUUAUGCUGUUAAAUUUCUUCUCAGGUCAGAGAGUCCACGUGACUAUAUAGACAUUUUGCGGAGCCUAAAAUACCGGCCUAACAUCUUAAUAAAUGACAUGGCUCAUAUGGUCGCCAAUUUCGGAAACAGGCGUCACCCAGGUUUAUUCGCCCCAUAUGCAGGAAGAGCUGCAGAAGCUACACAUGAAAAUAUCGAACUGGCUGUCAAUAACUCUUUACAAGUCUCGAUACCCUGGCUUGAAAGUCAUGGCCUGUCCAAAACGCCACAAAACGGUAAUGAUGUACACCCAGUAACAGGGAGUGACUCUCACUUAGCACUCUUCGACAGGUUACACGAGUCCAAUACAAAAAGGGAGGUAGAAUCAUUAAGAAGGAUUGCAUGUGUAAAAGAGCUUUUUGGAAAAAUCAACAGUGAAGCAGCAGAACAGCUUCAUGGUGUUUACGAUUUGAAUAUGCAUUUUCUAAACCAAAUGCAUCCUCUAACCCAUAUUUUCAUGUUUCGUUCUCUAAUUGACUUAAACAAUGAAAAUGCGAAUUUCAAUAGAGUUUUAAACAUAGAGAAUGCGACAGGACUUAAGGUGCAGUUCGAUACUUUCGGUAGAAUGACUGUGUCUAGUGACCCGUCCAAGCUAGUGAAUUCUAGAUCUAAAGAGGAAACUCUAUCGGUAAUGACUGACUGUUCCCCUUUUGAAUACCGUAUGAGCAGCCUGACUUCUCCAAAUGAAAUGCAUUCACCAAGCCUAUCCAUAAUAAGUCAACUUGACCACAAAUUGGAACAAUGUGAAGACGAUUCAGAAUUAAGUCCAGUUAAAAAUUUAUCACCUGGUGUAUGUGGUACUAAGCCGUAUCAUGGCGAAUCCCCCCCCCACAAAAUAUGACUGGGAU